CAUAAGGUACCGGACAUACUUGACCUUCGAUUUCAGCACGUGUGAUCUUCGAACCAUCUCAAUGAUCAUCUGCCUUAGUUAGGGAAUAAACUGAGUAACUGUGAGCAACUAAGUCACCCAAGGCGAGAUGGCAAAGAGUAUCCGCAGCAAACGGAUGAGAAAACUGCGAGCGAUCAAGAGGACCAGAAACGCUCCCCGGGAGGCUAAACGACUGAAGAAGAUUUUGGGACUGCUGAAGCCAGAGGAGGAUGACCCUGAGAAGAACGUCUACAAGUUCAGCGAUGUCCGAGAUAUGAUUCUGAACAAGCCCACAGUAAAUCAAGCCUCAGGAACAGCAUAUGACCUGCGAUUUGUCCCCGACAGAGAUAAGAUCAAGACAGAUGCAGCGCAGCCAGAAGAGACCACGAUGGAUGAUGACACAGAAAAUAAAUCAGUGACUGACCCAGAGCGGCAGGAGACCAUGGAAGCCAUGGAAGAAGACGGUGAAGCCAAACCAAAACAGAAAGGACUCCAGAAUGAGCACGGCAACUACCCAAUCUGGAUGAGCCACCGCAGAAUCAAGAAAAUAACCCGGAAAGGCAGACCGAACCAGUAUAAACUCAAACGGGCAGGCACUGGCAAAACAUUUUGACUUACAGAUUUCUUUUAAUUUAAUUUAAAAAAAAAAAAAAACAACCACACUCACGACACUAUUCCACAGCGAGUUACCAGCAAGUUCUUGCUCAAAUUUGAAUACUGAAAGCAGGUUCAGAUUUCAAAGCGAACACCGGUAGGUCGAAUGGCCUGUUAAAAUUGAGUUCCUGACUUGGCCCAAAAUUAUAUGACAGCUUGAUCUGUUACCAACACAGUUGAGGACAGCACCAGUUUACAAUACAGUGACUUUUGUUUUUAUUACACUUUUCCUUCUUUGUACAAUACUUAUGUGGGGCAGUAUUAGGUCAUUACUGCCAAUAUCGCCUCGUUUGUGACAAGACUUAAACUCACGUCCUCUACUUGAUGGACAAAUUUCAGCUCUCCCCAUUUCAUGUGGUAUUUGCUGUGAGACAUUGGCUCUAGUAACAACCAUUCACUUUACUUGCAAAAUAAAAUUAUACAAUGUAAAACUCUGAUAUAAUUCUGUAUGAUCCACAAAGUUACAUACAACAUAAUUUCCUUCAUACGAAAUUUAAUACAAUUUGGUAUUUAUUAAUUGCGUUACAAUUCCAGAAAAAGCUAAUUCCCCCCCAUGCCCUCUGAAAAUUUUGUAAUCUCCUGAAAAUCCAGUUGAGGUUUUAAAGUAAAUUGGCAUCUGAGUGUUUGAAAAAAUUUCUUAAAAAUUGAAACACCUGAAUAUUUACAACAAUGAUCGUAAUUCACAAAUAUCUAAAUGCUCAAUAUGAAAAGAUUGUGUAAAAAAGUACUACAUGCUGUCCAUUUAAUUUUUAUAUUCCCGCAAGAAAGACAUUCAAAAGUUCCUGUACAAAAUUCACUAAGUACCAUACAUGUAGGAAUAUGCAAAGGCCUCUGAUCCUUGAUUGAAAAAAAUCCCCCCGACAAUCAAGAAGGAAAACCUGAUAACUUACAUUUUACAGAAAGUUCUAACCCCGAGAGUACGAGCAAGUUUUUUGCUUAAAUUGGAGGGUUCCGGAAAGUGAGAAUUAUUGUUGUCCAUGUACUCCAAAACAAGCUCAGAACGCUUGAAGGCUGAAGAAAUCUAGACUAUCCUUAUGAUACAGUGUGUUCUUAACGAGACUUGUGGGUUUGCACGGUGGACAUGAACAAAGUGUGGCAGGUUUGUGGUAACAUCACGGAGGAUAACCUCUGUUUCGAGUUACGUGGUUCUCAGAGGAACCAGUUGUUUUGGUUUGCACUGUGGACAUGAACAAAGUGUGGCAGGUUUGUGGUAACAUCACGGAGGAUAACCUCUGUUUCGAGUUACGUGGUUCUCAGAGGAACCAGUUGUUUUGGUUUGCACUGUGGACAUGAACAAAGUGUGGCAGGUUUGUGGUAACAUCACAGAGGUUAACCUCUGUUUUGAGUUACGUGGUUCUCAGAGGAACCAGUUGUUUUGGUUUGCACUGUGGACAAAGUGUGGCAGGUUUGUGGUAACAUCAUGGAGGUUAACCUCUGUUUUGAGUUACAUGGUUCUCAGAGGAACCAGCUGUUUCAACUUGAUAUUUCAAACUGUUUACUCUGUUCUUCAUCAGAGAAGAAUGUGCUCUUACUUUUUCACACAAAGUAUGACAAAAUUAAAAGUUGGAUAGAUUA